UACACAGUUGCUUUUCACAGACUUGAUGGUUGCUAUAGAGCUACUCCUAAAUCAAUUGCGCGGUCACAGGGUGGCAGAGAGGGAAAGAAAGAGGUUAAAAAGAACUUUAAAUGAUAUAGCAUCACUUAUUCCAGUUACAAUUCUAAUGCUACUUCCUGUAUCUGUUGUAGGUCAUGCAGCCAUGCUAGCAGCAAUCAAAAAGUACAUGCCAUUCUUGAUCCCUUCUCCAUAUUCUUCCGAGCGGUUGGAUGUUGUGAAACAACUACAGAGAACUAAAAAGAUGCCAAUCCAGUCAUACUCAUGGACCAACCUUGAAGAUCCAUCAUCUUCCUCUAGAAUAUCUUAAGAAAUUAUUUGGGGAUCCCGCUGUCUUUUCUCGAUCUACUCUCUGAGUCAGUGUUGCAUCAUCUGUUCUUGUUACUUUACAUUAUUUGCCGUGAAGAUAAAUAGUAGAAAGUUUGAGAUUGUAUUUGUACACGUUAUCAACAAAUUAUCAACAAACUUGUUUGUCUUCAGUCUUAAUCCUUGAGUUGUCGAGGUUGUUGUUGAUGAUUAUCACCAUGUGCUUCAAUAAGCCCCUGCAAUUGCAAUGGAGGAGAGAACAUAUGUUGAGAUUGGAAUGUAAGGUGCAGAAAUAAGUGGAUCUCAAAUAAGCCUUUGAGCCUAUUUGAUAAGCUCUCACGCUGAGAUUUGUACACUACAAGAAGCAAAAAAAAUUGAUUUGCCUUGUAAAUCUAGGUUGAAGGAUUUUCAACUCCAAAUCUUGGAAAUUCCAACUUCAUUCUUG